AUGGCACCUCUGUCUCUCAUUGUGGACCACUCUCCCCUCUUCCCCGCUCACUGGUCCCUUUUUGUCGCGCACCCAUCGUGUCCCGAGAUUGGCAAGAGAGUCCACGUCGAAGGCAGCGUCUACGCGGGCUUCACGCACGCCGUGCAGCGGAGAUACAAGCUUGGCUCGGUGGGGAAGAAUUUCAGUUUGCUUGAGCUCGGUGAAUUAACGGGUGGGAAGGGAGGGGAGGAGGAGGAGGAGGAGGCCCUGGUGAAACACAUUCAUGCGAAUGCGGAUGUGGAUGCGGACGCGGCCGAGUAUGGAGAAGAGGUGAAGCCAAUCGAUCGACUAGAGAAGGUAGCUAUCGGUAUUGUGGCGCCGGGCGGGAGCUUGAAUCAUGUCAAUGAAGAUGGGACGCAGGCGCCGGCCAGACGCGGUCAGAUGAAAAACUGCCAAGACUGGAUCAUUGAUGUCGUCGCGGAACUGGUGCGGAGAGAUUUACUCCCCGCGCCCGCCAAUGAAGUAGUACAGAAUGCUCCAAAGAAUUGA